AUGCCCGACGAUCUUGUAGAAGUCAACACUGAGAACGUCUUCAUCGACUGUUUGAGCGAUACGGCAAUCAAGAAGCACAUCGAGGAAGAGCCGCUACGGACCACGGGUCAGGUCACAAUCGACGGUGUCGAAUACCCAGUUAUGACCUCGCAACCCAUUCGUGGUGUCUUCCACUCCGAAGUGUCUCCACUAGAAUCAGAACUGCUUAACACUCGCUCAUCCCCUUGUUCUGCAAACUUUUUCAAAGACGCUGCUAUGAACCUUGUCCGGCAAAUUGGGACCUACGCCCGCUCUUCUCCAGAAGCUAUCGUUGGAGCCACAAAGCACCAUAGCUCAGCACUCGACAUUUGGUCCCUAGGGUGGCAUAUCAACUCUUGA